AUUUCGCACGUCUGCAGCAGUGACGCAAGUGUGCUCUCGAUGACCUUCGCGCUCGGUGGUAAAACAGAUUGAGUUGCUGUUCCCAAUAUAACGCUGUAACCUAAUAGUAAUCACCAUCACGUCCAGCUAUGCGCUUCUCAAAAACAUUGGGCCUGCUCACCGCCGCCGCCGCGGUCACGGCAAAGUACAUCGUCCCCGGAGGCCGCUGGCGCGAUACAGAUGGUGAGCUGGUAAACGCACAUGCCGGCGCUGUGAUUUGGGACGAGGAUACUGAAAAGUACUGGCUGUUUGGAGAGUACAAGAUUCAGGGCGCUACCGAAGGAGCGGGUGUCUCAGUCUACAGUUCGAAAGACCUAGCAACUUGGGAGCACCAUGGCUUGGCCCUAGAACCGAUUGAGGGGCACCCAUACAUUUCCCCGAAGAACAUCAUCCAGCGUCCCAAGGUCGUGUACUCGGAAGUCAGCAACGAGUACCACUUGCAUUGGCAUGCCGAUAACUCGAGCUAUGGAUUGCUGCUGCAAGGCUAUGCUACGUCUCCCACGGUUCAGGGUCCCUACACCUUCGUCAAUGCGACAGCUCCUCUUGGCAAUUGGUCGCAAGAUUUUGGUCUGUUCACUGAUUACAAGGAUGGGCGUUCCUAUGCCCUGUAUUCCAAUGGCGACAGCCGCGAUGGCCGUGACGUCUAUGUCACUCGCUACGAUGAGGACAAAGCCGAACUCGAGGAGGUUGUGUACCGUUUCCCCAAAUUCGACCUCGAGGCACCCACAAUUGUGCAGACCGACAAGAGCUACUACGCCAUCAUGAGCCACAAGACUGGCUACCGUCCCAACAACGUCGUGGCCUUCCGCGCGGAUAAGCUCGAGGGACCUUGGAGCCAGCCCUGGAUCAUCAACCCGCUGAACACGAGGGGCCUGAACAGCCAGAGUGGCAACAGUCUGCGGAUCGAUGGAACCAAGCAGACUACACAUCUGUACAUCGGCGACCAGUGGGAUUCCAACUCCAACUGGGAGAGUCGAUACAUCUGGCUGCCCUUGAACAUCGACGACGAGAAGAAGGACCUCAGCAUUGAAUGGCACGAUGUGUACGACCUAGAUGUGAAGACUGGCGAGUGGUCGCCGGUCGAAGGCAAGGAGUACUAUGGCAAGGAUGCAACGGCAACGGGCGAUGCUUUCCACCAGGAGGCCAACUUCGCGAGCGGCGGCGUCAUAGCCACGGGUAUCUACGGCAACGACAGCAAGAUCGUUUUCUCGGGCAUCCAAGGCGCUGGAAGGCCGCAGUGGGUGUCGUUCUACUAUCAGAACAUCGACGACAUGGGCUUCGGCGACCAGCCGGGCGGCAGCCCAGACCGUAUCGGCGGGUCGUGGCAGCUACGCCGUGUUGCCAGCGUGAUUGUCAACGGCAACGAAGACAAGGUCGAGACGCUGUAUCAGCGCGACACGCACAAGGGCAUCAUCCUGUCGACGCCGCUGCAGUUGACGUUGAACAAUGGAACCAACAACACGAUCACGAUCGGCGGCCUCUCCAAUGGAUUCGAUUACAAGAGCGCAGACAUUGACAAAAUCGUGGUGUAUCCUGCCGAGAACUAGACUCGAGGGCAAACCAGGCUCAAAAGCGAAGAUAUACACCAUAGGUAGCAGUCGUAGUUACGCCAAGAGUACGUGUAUCUUUUCCGAUUGCCGUUGAAAUGUUUUGGACGUGCAAUGAUGCUCAAAACACUCUGGCGCUGGCCUUCCUUUGUAUGAGUUAACCUGACAAAGAAAUUGGUUGAGACCAGGACAUAUCCUGGGUCUUGUCCUAGCG